AUGCUGAAACAGAUACUGUCGGAGAUGUACAUAGAUCCUGAUCUGCUGGCAGAGCUCAGCGAAGAGCAGAAACAGAUCCUGUUCUUCAAGAUGAGAGAGGAACAGAUCCGCCGAUGGAAAGAAAGAGAAGCAGCGAUGGAAAAAAAGGAGUCCCUGCCAGUGAAAUCCAGACCAAAGAAAGAGAACAGCAAAUCUGUUCAUUGGAAACUGGGAGCCGAUAAGGAAGUCUGGGUGUGGGUGAUGGGCGAACACCAUCUAGACAAACCCUACAAUAUGCUCUGUAAUGAAGUCGUUGCCGAGAGCACCCAGCCCAGAGCACAGCAGGAAGCAGAAGAGCUCAGCAAAACUCAGUCCAAAGAUUUCACCAACAGCUUGACCACGAAAUCACACUACUGUGAUCUGCAAACACCAGGUACUUGGGAGUCUCCGAGCAUCUGUAAGAAAGCACCGGGACAGGAGGAAUCGGACCCAGGCUCGAGACCAGCACCGACCCUUAAAGAAGAGAAAACCCCGUCACCCUCCAGUUCCUCAAGAAAUAUUCAGCAAAUGUUGACAGAUUCUAUCAAUCGUAUGAAGACAUAUGGAUUUCAGCAGAAGAAAGAAUCCACGAAGAAAACACAAGAUGAAGAAAUAAAACAAAUUGAUGAGGAGAGAACCAAGCAGAUUUAUAAGAGCUGGAAGGAAGACUCGGAGUGGCAGGCAUCUUUACGAAAAUCCAAAGCGGCUGAUGAGAAGAGACGCUCCUUGGCUAAGCAAGCACGGGAAGACUACAAGAGGUUAUCCCAAAAUGGAAGGAGCAGUGAGGGACUGCAGAGCCCCCCAGGUGUUCCUCUGAAACCAAAGAGACCGCCCCUUCCACCCAAGCCGAAAUUCCUGAACCCAGCGGAAUACCCUCCCAAGCCUUUCAGAAACCAGGGAGUGACAAGGAUAGCACCCAGCUCUGCCCAGGAGGACAUCAUCCGAUGGUUUAAAGAGGAGCAGCUACCCCUGCGAGCGGGCUACGAGAAGAACUCCGACGCCAUAGCCCCCUGGUUCCAUGGAAUCCUCACACUAACAAGAGCGAAUGAACUCCUGAGCACGUGCCUGCCGGGCAGCUUCCUGAUCCGAGUCAGCGAGAGGAUCAAGGGCUAUGCCCUGUCCUACCUGUCUGAGGACGGCUGCAAACACUUCCUCAUCGAUGCCUCCUCCGACUCCUACAGCUUCCUGGGCGCGGACCAGCUGCAGCACGCCACCCUGGCGGAGCUGGUGGAGUACCACAGGGAGGAGCCCAUCACCUCCCUGGGGAAGGAGCGCCUCCUGUACCCCUGCGGUCAGCAGGGCCAGCCUCCCGACUACCUGGAGCUCUUUGAGUGA